CGGUGCGCGUCAAUGGCGCGUGCGCCGUGCACCUACCCCUAUUAAUAGCUCCCCUCUGCAUUGUUGCGAGCUCUAGCUCACCACAGCCACACUUCUGAUCACUGCUCACUCAGCUAAUUAAGCUCAAGCUUUUGCUUACGGCAAGUCUUGCAACCAUGUCGAACACCACCGAGAAGAAGAUGCCGCAGCAGCAGCAGGUUGAGAGGCCGACGGCGUUGGCGCCGGCGGACGCGGAGAUCGAGAGGGUCUUCACCCGCUUCGACGCGGACGGGGACGGCAGGAUCUCCCCCUCGGAGCUGGCCGCGGUGACGCGCGCCAUCGCGCCGCCGCCCAGCGAGUCCGCCGGCGGCCGCGAGGUGGCCGCCAUGAUGAACGAGCUCGACACCGACCGCGACGGCUUCGUCGACCUCGGCGAGUUCGCGGCGUUCCACGGCCGCGGGCGCGGGGACGCCGAGCACGAGGCCGAGCUGCGCGCCGCGUUCGACGUGUACGACGUCGACGGCGACGGCCGCAUCACGGCGGCCGAGCUCGGCAAGGUCCUCGGCCGGAUCGGCGAGGGCUGCAGCGCCGAGGAGUGCGAGAGGAUGAUCGCCUCCGUCGACGUCGACGGCGAUGGCUGCGUCGGGUUCGAGGAGUUCAAGAAGAUGAUGUGCCGUGAUGCCGCUGCAACCGGCGGCGCUGACAAGGCCAAGACGGAGUAAAACAGUGUCAGGUCAUCUAGAUGUGCUCGCUUCUGUUUGUCAUUAUUUUGACCUAGAAAUGAUGUAAUAAAAGGGUAGUAAUAUCGAUCUGAAUCCAUGAGACCAUGACUGAUGCUUCCAUGUGUAAUUAGCAGCGCCGUGUAUAUUAUUAUAUGUGAUUAUGUGUACACCGAUCUGCUGAUGUAUGCUACUUUGAUCUGGACCAGCUAAGAUUUGGCCGAACUUUUAAUGACAGAAUUGCUGGUCAUCUUCUCUUCCACAAA